CGGUCUGGCGAAGGGCGGUCUCUUUCCUCGCGGCAGAUCUGUUGGGGCGGUCUGAAUCCAGUUCCACGUUUUCUUUUCUUUUUUCCACCUUGAAGUUUCACGAGCCUUUGUAGAAGUUAGCUUAGAGCACUGCAUAGCUAUACAAGUUUAGAUAGCCUCAUUUCGAAAACAUUCACGUCAUUAAGAAGACAGGGUGUCUAGCGACCGGGAAAACCGGGAAAACCGGGAAUUGUCAGGGAAUUUUGAGUGUCAGGGAAAUGUCAGGGAAAAGUCAGGGAAUUUUUAAAAAACACCUGGAAUUUUUUUUUGCUGUAGCUUUAAAAUAGUUUAGGUAUCUCACGGAAGAUUAGUUUUAAACAUUUCUGCUGUCACGGUAAUUUACUUAUAAUUAUUGACAUUUCGGAGAAACUACACUUUUCAAAGUAGCUUUGUUUUACGUUGGAUGUUACCGUCUGCAAAACAGUUGUUUUCUUUUUCGAUAACAUCGAGGUUAGACUUCUAAGAUAGAUCGCAAUAUAGUUUAUAUCGAUUUAUCGACUGCGUGUUAUACCUUCUACAUCUCGGCAGUGUUGCCAGACGUACGAGAAUUCUCGCAUUUGUACGAGCAUUUAGAACCUGUGUACGUUGUACGAGGUAAAGUUGGAUCUCGUACGCUUUUGUACGAGAAUUUUGAAGAUCACUUUCACUGUUGGUUUUUUACCCGGGUUCUAGUAAGAUAUAUUAAUUUAAUUGUAUCGUUUUGUCAAAACAAGUAUAUAACAUUUCUUUUGUAACAAUACCAUUAAGUGAAGUUCCUGCCCGACAGCGUUGACUUUUUUUUUGGCUGGAAACACAGGCGAUGCUGACUAAAAAAUUGUGUUUGUUUUUUAUUAGCAGGUGCCAACCAUUUGUCUAGCACAGGAAAUGAUGACCCAGAGUCAGAAUAAUGUUAAAUGCACAACCCCUAACUCACAAUUUAGAGUAUUUUUGUAUUUUAAAUUAACUAAAAUAAAAAAAACUGGAUAUUUUUUACGAAAAAAAUAAUGCAAAAAGAGUGAAUGGCAGGAAUAAUUGUAUUGUUGUGAAAAUUGUUGUGAAAAUUGUUUUACUUAUGUAAUCAUAGGAUUGUGAAAAUUGUUUAGUUUAGAUUUGUUAGGCUUGUAGCUCAAAUGUCAAGUAUAUAAAAAUAUUGUAGAAACACAUUUAAACUUUUGCUUUUACAGUACUAUUGUGUUUGCUUUUACAGUACCAUUGUGUACGAGAUUUUUUGUGUCUCAUACGAGAAUUUUCGUUCCUUGGUACGAGACAUUGACAUUUACAAUCUGGCAACACUGCAUCUCGGUUUGUUUUCGGUUGUUUUGGUCGUUUCCUGGCUAGCCAAGCCACGCCGUCACAAUUUUUAGCUUGCAUUUAUUGUACUUGUUUCUUUCGUUUUAUUUAUUGUGGUUAUUUAUUUUGGUGAAUUGAGGUUACGUACUUAUAGUCAUGCAUUGAUAAUUAUCUUGUUACUUUCUAUCUAGGCGGCAACUACAACCCAGUGCGUUAAAAUGCUACGGUUUUUCUCCAUGCUUUCGGUCUUAAAAAUGAUUUCGUAAAUUUUUUUUGUUAUUGUUUAUAUCUCUUUUUAUUCGUGUUAUAAACCUGGAUCGUUACGGAGGCCUAAUGGUAGUUGAUUAUACUUAGUUUCUCGACGAUCUGCUUUGUUUAUUUAACAGCUCAAGGUGUCAUGCCGCCUUCAAAAUUUAGAAAAACGGUAUUCAGAGCUGAAUGGAGCCAGGACCCAAUGUAUGCGUGGGUGAAGGGUAUUGAAAGAAAUCCCUAUUCUGCAUGGUGUGAUGUGUGCAAGCAAAAGUUUGAGCUUAGCAACAUGGGGAAACAAGCUCUCACAAGUCAUGCGUCUGGGGCUAAGCAUAGAAAAAGAUUACAGGCAGCCAGUAAAUCGGUCCCAAUUACAAUUUUUUGCAAGACAGGGCUAUCAAAAACAACUUCGCAAGUAAAGUCAACAGAUGUACCUGAAGUAUCAUCAGAAUCUAUUCAGAAUUCAUCAGUUUCUGAGGGUUCAAAGUUAUCACCAUCACCUAAUGUACCGAAGUUGUUAGAAAAUGCAGUUGCUGGCUCAGCGUGCUCAUGUAUUUGCACAUGCACAUCUGUAGAAAAGAAAUCAAAGUUAUUGAAAACAUAUUUGUUGAAUGAUGAUGUGACAAGAGCAGAGGUCAUGUGGUGUUUGUUUUGUGUAACAUCACAUAACUCGUUACGGAAUGCUGAAAGUAGUGUUUCAAUCCAGCGCAAGAUGUACCCUGACAGCAAUAUUGCAGCAAAAAUGAAAUUGAGCAAAGCAAAAGUAUCUUACACUAUUGUUCAUGGCUUGGCGCCACAACUCGAGCGAGAUCUAAAAGCUGCUAUAUCAAAUUGUUCACAUAUUGUCAUCGGUUUUGAUGAAAGUUUAAAUAAGGUUGUGCAAAAACAGCAGAUGGAUUUAAUGGUGCGGUAUUGGGACGAUGUCAAGAAUGUGACUUGUACUCGCUACUUAACCUCUGUUUUCUUGGGUCACUCAACUGCAGCAGAUUUACUUUAUGCAUUCAAAAGUGCGUUAACUUCUGCUCUUUUACACAAGAUACUUCAAGUGUCUAUGGAUGGUCCGAAUGUGAACUUACGCUUUUUAAAAGAUCUAAGAGAAGAUUUAAAAGAAGGCCGUCCACAUGAAGGUGUAAUUUUGGAUAUUGGCACUUGUGGUCUGCAUUCAUUGCACUGUGCUUUCAAGACAGCAAUGAAAGGAACAGAAUGGGAAAUUAUUCCAUUUUUACGUGCAAUUCACAAUCUUUUUUACAAUAUCCCUAGUCGUCGUGCAGAUUUUAUCCGCAUAACAGGAUCAGAUUUGUUUCCUUUGAAAUUUUGUGCAGUUCGUUGGUUAGAUAAUGUGUGUGUAGCAAACAGAGCCUUGAAAUUACUGCCCUAUUUGCUCAAAUACAUUCAGUCACUUUGUUCAAAGUCUGAACCAAAGUGUGCAAGCUUUAUGGUAGUUAAGAAUGCUCUUCGUGAUAAAUUGCUUGGUCCUAAACUUGCAUUUUUUUCAUCUGUGGCAUCUGAAAUUGAACCUUUUCUGAAAGAAUUUCAGACCGAUAAACCAAUGGCUCCUUUUCUUUAUUCAGAUUUUUGUGCUGUUGUUAAAAAUCUUAUGAUAAGGUUUGUCAAACCUGAAGUAAUUGAAUCAAAACCCUUGUCCGCCAUUGAUUUAUCAGGAACAAAUCUUAUGUCUCACAAAAAUGUUGACCUGGGUUUUGGAACAAAAGCAGAAUUGCGUUCUGAAAAAAACUUAACACAGAAAGACAUUGAGUUAUUCAAGCAUGAAUGUUCUAAGUGCCUACAAGAACUUGUGAAGAAGAUUUUGAAUCGCUCUCCACUUACUCUCAGUUUGACUAGGAGCAUUUCAUUCAUUGACCCUUCAGUAGUUUGUAUUCCAAAUUUGGCAAAUAAGAGACUGGCAGCUGCACUAGAACAUUUUGUAUGCAAUAACUGGAUUUCUGGAGUGCAAGCUGAUAAAAUUUGUAGAGAAUUCAAGCAAGUGUGUGCUGUAAAGUUAGUGCAAGAAAAUGUGAAGAUAUACACACGCAGUAAAUUUCGCCUUGAUCAGUUUUGGUUUGAUCAGUUGAAAAUUUGUUCAUUUGAGGAAACAAAAAAUUUGGCAUCUUUCCUGAAGAUGAUUUUCAUCUUUUCACAUGGCAAUGCUGCUCUGGAAAGAGGAUUUUCUGUGAACAAGGAAUGUCUGGUGGAAAAUCAACAAGAAAUAUCUCUCGUAGCUCAAAGGAGAAUUCAUGAUAGUGUCUCUGCAGCUGGGGGAAUUGAUGAUUUCCCUGUAACAAAGCAGCUUAUACAUGCAGCUCGUAAUGCACACUCCAACUUUAAAGACUAUUUGCAAAAGCAGAAGGAGCUUUCUCAAGAAAAAGCAGAAACUAACAUCUUGAAACGUAAAAUUGCUGCUGAACUUGCAGAGGUUCAGGCAAGAAAAAAGAAAAUUUUAGAAGAUGCCCAAAAUGAAAGUGCAAUUCUUGAUUCUCGAAUAGAAGCUCUUAAAACGUAGUGCAGUGAUAAUAGACCCCAUUUUGUAGUGUUUAGGCCUACUAAAUUCAAUCAUUAUUUUCACAAAAAGACCUAAGUUUUUAAUAUUUAUGCUAUAAUUUUAUAUUUCUUUAAGAUCCAUGUCAUAUAUGUUUAUAUUCAUUUAUAUGUACGUACAGCUACAAUUUACUAUAUAGAAGUUUUUUUUAAGAUUAAUGAUGCAAUUUUGUGAAUUUGAAGACUGUGUUUGGAGACUGGAAACUGUUUUUGAGACAGGAUUUGAAGGUUAAUUGUGUAUCAUAUUCUUAUAAGCAGAACACAUCUUGACAUUUGGAUAGUUUUAUUGUGACUGAAUGUAGCACUUCAAUAAAGAGGUGAGUAAACUUUUUGAGCAAUGAAAAUUUAAAUUUAAUUAGAAUACAUAUGUCUGUGUGUCUGUCUUAACAUUGUGUAUCGUAAGUCUGUGUGCAUGGUUCAUAAAAUAAUUGAGAACCAAAAUCAAGUAAUACUACUGUAUUUAAGUUGGCGAGUUAAUUGUUUUCACAUGUGGUAUUUAUUAUUAUUUUUAAGUAUGUCUGGAAAAUUUUCAAUUAGUCUGGAAAACCUGGAAAUGUCAGGGAAUUUUAAAAAUGCUUGGCACUAGACACCCUGGAAGAAAAUAUUUCUCACUUUACACACAAAUCGAUUGUUUACGGCUCGAAUCGUUCACAAUGUUUAUUUUUUUUUUUUAUGUUUCCGUGUUCAUCAGCUUGAAUCCAUCAUACAGCUAUUCUGUAUUGCC